CAAAAUAAUCCAUGUACGAACCGGGAACGGAGCAGAUCAACUGCAACGGCAGACUUAUUGAAUUGCCAAGCCUGGAGGUUGUGCGACCAGCUCCCAAAAUGCCCAGCGAUGCCAACAUUGAUUGGCUGCUCCACAUUUAUUUUACUCGCCGCGAAUUCACGCGCUGCCGCCGACUCAUCGAACGUGAGCUGAAUCGCCAUUUGAAUCCAGAGUACCUGUACUUUGUCCAGGGACUAAUUGACCGUGAAGAGGGCAACCACAUCGAGGCGCUGCGGCAUCUGCAAAAAUCUGUGGAGCUGAAUCCCCGAAACAUCGAGACCUACAAGGAAAUAGGGCGAACACUCUACAUAAUGGGCCGCUUUAGUCAGGCACUGGGUGUCUUUAGGGAGGCGGAGCAGAGGAGCAGCCGUCAGGACCACGAGAUAUACCAUUACCUGGGCGAACUGCUCUUUCGGGCGGCCACAACCCAAAGCCAAAAGGAGCUUGCCUGCCAGCAGCAGGAGGAGGCCCGCUCCUACUUCGAAUUAGCUGUUCAAUCGGGUCGGAAACUUGAGAGCUAUGUCCGUUUGGCCGAGUUGUAUCGCAAGGAUAAGCAAUACCAGAAGGCCAUUGAUGUGCUGGAAACUUGCCUGCACUUGACUCCCGAGAACUCGGAGGUUCUGAUUGAAAUCAGUGUGCUGUACCUGAAAAUCAACGAAACGCAAAAGGCACACGAUCGUCUGGCGGAAGUCGUCAGCAUCGAACGGAAAUGCUCGCCCAAGGGACUUUUGGCCUUCGGCGCCAUUUUGCAGUCGCGCAACGAUGUCGAUGGGGCCCUCAGCAAAUACAGCCAAAUCGCAAACGCUGAGCCGGAAAUUGCCGAGCUGUGGAAUAACAUUGGAUUGUGCUUCUUCAAGAAGCAGAAAUUCAUUGUGGCCAUUUCCUCGUUGCGCAAAUCCGUUUGGCUCUCGCCGCUUAAUUACAAUGCCCUGUACAACCUGAGUUUAAUCUACAUUGCCUCCGAACAAUACGCCAGUGCCUUUCACACGCUGGCCGCAGCCAUAAACCUGCGCAAGGAUAAUGCCGAGUGCUUCAUGCUCCUGGGCCUCUGUUUGCGUAAGCUGGACGAUAUGGAGAACGCGUUCGUGGCCCUCGAAAGGGCCAGUCGGAUGGCAACUGGGCCACAGGGCGGCGGACGAAAUCCUUUGGUUGUGCUGAACUUUGCCCUGUUUUGCUACGAAACUGGACGAUUGGCGUUGGCCACCGAGCAGUACAACCGAUUCAUGAGCCAGGCCCAGGACCUCUUGCUGCCCACGGAAUACAAAUUCCAGGCCACCAAGCUCAAAUCCCUGCUGCGAAUCUCCAGUCAGGGCAAUGGCAUCCUACUGGACUCCGCGGAUUUGGAGGAACCCGAUUUGGGCCAAAAUCGAUCCAGGGAACUGCUGCCGGACGAGCUGCCACUGGAGGUUAAUGCUGUUGUUAGCCAGAAUUAAAUAUUUAUGGUAAUGGAAAGCAAUAAACUGUACUCAUUUGCAAUUCACAUCAAACAUUUAUUUGAAAGUGUUUACAUUUAUACUUAUAUAUAAAUAGUAUAAGCAGCUUAGAUAGUACACAUAAUAAAGAUUUCCCAAGGUGCCAGUGUAAAAUUCAUUGGCCUUGGCUAAAAACCAUUUAUCGACAAAUAAUCAAAAUAGUAGGUGAUAUUUUCAGCUAAGAAGAAAAAGCAACUCUGGGCUCGUAGAGUUAAUGCGUCUUCUUAGCAAUUCUAUUUUAAUAUUCAUGGAUUUCUGCUUUUUGAACCUUAGUGGAAAGUAAAUGUCUCGUAUUUGUACAGCUCGUACUGACUUAGCCUAUCGAAAACUUACAUAAUAACACGAAAUUGAAACACCAACUGGUUAACGAACAAAUCUUAAGCCGUAAUUUAAUUGGAAAUGAAGUGGCACUUUUCGAAACAGCCAAAUCACAAGCGGAAUCAAAUUUUUAACCGAUCGAUGCAACAGUGAAAACCCAAUGGACUAUAUAAGUAAAUUGUGCAUCAGCCAGUAAAUACAUUAA